AUGGGUGCCACCGAACUUCAAGGACGGUCGCUCAUUCUGACCGUCAGCGUCUUGACUUCCUUGGGCUUCAUGCUCAUUGGUUUCGACAAUGGCCUCAUGGGAGGACUUGUGGGCUCGCCUGCCUUCAACACAACAUUCGACACUCCUGACGCGAACAUGCUUGGAGUGAUUGUUGCCAUUUUCGAGAUUGGUUGUUUCUUUGGAUCUGUAGGCUCCGCCAUCUAUGGUGAAAAGCUUGGCCGUCGCCGAUCUGUUAUGGUCGGAGCUUGGAUCAUGAUCAUUGGUGCUAUUCUGCAGUCAUCAGCAUUCGGUCGUGCCCAACUCAUUGUCGGUCGUAUCGUGUCAGGUGUUGGCCUGGGCAUCAUCAACUCUACCGUUCCCGUGCUUCAGGCUGAAUUCAGCCCCAAGUCUAGCCGUGGAGUUUACGUGUGCGCUCAGCUUUCCACGUUGAACUUCGGUAUCUUCCUCGUCUACUGGAUCGACUACGCAUUUUCCACCCACACGGCCAGCUACGCCUGGAGAGUGCCCGUGAUCCUGCAAUGUUUCUGCAUCAUUCCCAUGCUCGUUAUCGUCAUGUUCAUUCCCGAGACGCCUCGCUGGCUGGCCUCACACGAUCGGCCGGACGAGAGUCUUCAAGUUUUGGCACGCAUUCAUGCCACCUCAACUGAUGAUAUCGAGGUUCGCCGUAUGCACAGUGUCAUCAUUCAAACCGUUGCUGUCGAGGCGUCUGUUGGCGCUGGCUCCUGGAAGGAUCUCCUCAAAAACGACAGCAUCAAGUCUCAGCGAAGGCUUUUGAUUGCUUGUGCAAUCCAGAGUUUCCAGCAGCUUGGUGGUAUCAAUGCUGUUAUCUACUACACAAGCACCCUCUUCCAAUACAGCAUCGGUUUCAGCCCUCACAUGUCAUCUCUCAUGUCUGGCUUCCUACAGACCUGGUUUUUCCUGGCUUCCUUCAUUCCCUGGUUCUUAAUUGACCGCGUUGGAAGACGACCACUGCUCCUUUCUAUGAUCAGCGUCAUGGCAGCUGUCAUGGCCGUUCAAGCCGGUCUCAUCUAUCAGGUCCAGAACAAUACUUCCAUUGCUCACUCCGCGGGUAUUGGUGCUGCGGCGAUGCUCUUCGUCUUCCAGGGUGCCUUCACCAUUGGCUUCCAGGCGACAGUCUGGGUGUACCCCUCUGAAAUCCUCCCAUUGCGUCUGCGCCAAAAGGGGUCUGCCAUUUCCACCGCCAUGAACUGGAUCUUCAACUACAUGAUCGUCCAAAUUACACCUAUUGCGAUCAAUAACAUCGGAUGGAAGACAUACAUCAUCUUUGCGGUGUUGAACGCUACAUGGGUGCCUCUCAUCUACCUGUUCUUCCCGGAGACCAAGGGCCUUGAGCUCGAGGACGUUGACCGUCUCUUUGCAGGCGAAGGCCUCCUUGACGGGAUGGACGAGAAGCCAGCAAUGCACGCAGAUAUGGUAGAGCACGCUCAGGAGAAGGCGAUCGUCUGA